AUGGAGCUCAUGCCUGAGAUCGAUGACCCGGGAGCCAUCUCUGGGGAUGAGUCCAACGACGAGAACGGGAAGCCAGCGGCUCAUCUCCAGGCUUCAAUCCGCUGCCAGACACACAAAAUCCAGUUUCAGGCCCUACUCGAAAAACAUGCCAACCUGGAGUUCACAGACGACAACCCUGCUGCUCGACCAGACCGGCCCGAUGCAGAGCUGUCCCUCAAGGACCUUGUUGCUAGGAAAGAUGGCGGAGAGGGCAUUCUGGAUCCCCGUGAAUACCAAAUUGAGCUGUUUGAAAGAGCAAAGGCUCAGAACACGAUCGCGGUGCUUGAUACUGGUACUGGGAAAACUUUGAUUGCAGUCCUUCUGCUCAAGCAUACUAUUCAAGAAGAGCUUGUGAACCGUGCCAAUGGAAUACCUCCUCGAAUGUCCUUCUUCUUGGUCGACAGUGUGACCUUAGUGUUUCAGCAGUCAACAGUGCUGCGCAACAACAUAGAUCAGAAUGUGGCUUAUUUAUUUGGGGCGAUGGGAACAGAUCUUUGGGACCAACCGAUCUGGGACGAACAGCUCAAGGAGAACAUGGUGAUAGUAUGCACAGCAGAGAUUCUGUGUCAUAGCCUUCACAAUGCCUUUAUCAAGAUGGACCAAAUCAAUCUUUUGGUCUUCGACGAGGCCCACCACACGAAGAAGGAACACCCUUAUGCACGAAUUGUCCGGGAAUUCUACCUUACGGCAGACCCCUCAAAGCGGCCGAAGAUCCUUGGGAUGACGGCAUCUCCAAUUGAUGGCAAAGGCGAUAUCCUGACAGCAGCAACGAGGCUUGAGACACUUCUCGAUAGCCAGAUAGCAACGACGUCGAAAAUGACCCUUCUGCGGCAGAUCGUCAAGAAACCAAACGAGGUCGUGUGGCCGUACGAGACAUCUCAGCCACCCCGUGCAACAGAAUUGCUCAAGAUUAUGGUGAAGCAGUUCGGAGACGUUCAAAUUCUCGAACGCGUUUUUCGUUGGGUCUUGAACGCUACCUCAGAGCUUGGACCAUGGUGUGCCGAUCAAGUAUGGACUCACGUUUUGGCCGAGGACGUGCUGCCUCAGCUGGAAGGACGUCUCAGCAGAGAGUCUGACCCGGGGGCUCAAUCUCCACAAAGUGCAGCAGAGAGUACAGGAAGAGAUAUCCAGCGGAUCAAAGAAGCCAGCGAGUUUGUGAAGCUGUACCCUUUCCAGGAUCCCUUGUCGCUGAACCAGCUGAGCCCCAAGGUCCAACUCCUGUUCAAGAAAUUGGUAGAGCACUUUGCAGUAUCAGCAGAUACAAAAUGCAUUGUCUUCACGACUCAGCGCAGUACUGCUAGAACACUCAUGCAGCUUUGCCAGAAACUGGAAAUCCCAAACACUCGCCCAGGUCUGCUCGUCGGGGUCCGAAGAGGCGAUACAUUGGCGAUGAGAACCACCUUCCGCAAUCAAUUUAUGGCCUUGCUCAAGUUUCGGCAAGGUGAACUUAAUUGCUUGUUUGCAACUUCGGUGGCCGAAGAAGGCCUCGAUAUCCCAGAUUGCAAUCUUGUUGUCAGAUUUGAUCUUUAUAAUACGCUCAUCCAGUACGUACAGAGCCGCGGGCGGGCAAGACAUGCCGACUCGACCUACGCAAUUAUGAUGGAGCGAGAUAAUGAGGACCACAGAUUACAGUUGCAAGAGGUUCACAGGGCGGAGUUUCUCAUGAAGAAUCUUUGCGAGUCUCUUCCCGAGGACCGGUUGUUGCACGGAUACGACCAUGAUCUCAAGUCUUUUAUCAAAGAUGAAAAGCAAAGGACCUACACUAUUCCCUCCACCAGGGCGAAGUUGACAUACCGUCAUGCUGUUCACAUUCUUGAUCGCUACGCCGCUUCACUGCCAUGGGAGAAUGACAUUUCUGCCCAGGUCAGCUACUAUGUGAGGUCAGUGGAUGACAAGUUCACUUGUGAAGUCGUCCUUCCUGAGAAGUCACCAAUCCGUGGAUUGAUUGGGGAACCAGCUCCCAGAAAAUCAACAGCUAAGCAGGCAGCUGCAUUUGAUGCCUGCUUAUUGCUUCGGAGGAACAAUCUUCUGGAUGAUCAUUUCAGGUCCAUCUACCAUAGACGGCUUCCUGCAAUGCGUAAUGCUCGCUUGGCCAUCACAUCGAAGAAGACAAACCAGUACGAUAGGAUCUGCAAGCCAUCUAUUUGGGCAGAGCAGCUAGGAACUGCCGCAAGUUUGCUCUACGCGACGGUGAUUACCUUCGACCCAUUGGAGCCUCUAACACGAAGUCAUGGAGAGAUCAUACUCUUGACACGACAGCGGCUUCCAGUCUUUCCCCCAUUUCCUAUCUACCUGGACAACGACAUUGAGACUGUCAUACGCACCACGUGCGUGAAAUCUGCUUUCUCAGUUACAUUACCGGAAAUGGAAUGCCUAACUACCUUCACGCUCUCUAUUUUUCAUGACUUGUUCCACAAGACAUAUGAGCACGAAAUCGAGAAAUUGCCUUACUGGAUUGCACCAGUCAAAGGCUACAUUAGGGCGAAAGACACCUCCAGCCUGCCUGGGAUAAUUGACUGGGAUGCAAUGAAAGACGUUCAGGAACACCAAGAGUGGUACUGGUCAGCCGAUAUGAGCCCUGAGUCUUUGUUGGAUCGGUUCUUCUACGAUUACUGGGAUGGGAGAUGCCGAUACUUCCCAGUUGCUGUCGAGCACAAUUUGCGUCCAUCUGACCCUCCUCCGUCCAAUGUGCCUCACAGGAGAAACAUGGAAGAUAUCCUGAACUAUAGCACCAGCUUAUCCAAGACUAGCCGGGCCAAAUUUCUGGAGAGCUGUGAUUGGAGCCAGCCAGUUUUGCAGGCAGAGAAAGUCGGUCUUCGCAGAAACUUUCUUGACAAAAGAACAGAAACCGAGAAGAAAGAGACUAGGUGUUUUAUCUGUCCACAGCCGCUCAUGCUUUCAGCGAUUCCGUUGCCAAUUGUCGCUUCUUGCCUCGCAUUUCCAGCAACCAUUAGCAGAUUGGAGUCUUACCUGGUCGUCCUUGAGGGUUGUCAGAAAUUGGGGCUUGAGAUUAAUCUUGAGCUAGCACUUGAAGCUUUCACCAAAGACUCCGACAGCAAUGAGGAGCACCGGGACCAGCAGAUCCAUGUCCAACGAGGCAUGGGGAAGAACUAUGAGCGUCUUGAGUUUUUGGGCGAUAGUUUCCUCAAGAUGGCCACCUCAAUUUCGCUCUUCUGUCAGAACCCUGAGGACGAUGAGUAUGACUAUCACGUCAAUCGGAUGUGUCUGAUCUGCAACCAGAAUCUUUUUGAUACUGCGACCAAGUUGCGGGUGUUUGAAUAUAUCCGUAGCCAGAGCUUCUCUCGGAAUACAUGGUACCCGCCAGGUCUGCAGCUUCUCCGAGGGCGGAGCUAUGAGAAAAGUCUCAAGUCUGAGUCCUACCACUCUCUUGCAAACAAGACAGUUGCAGAUGUAUGUGAGGCAUUGAUCGGAGCUGCUAUGCUCUCCGGUAGCGGCAAGCACCGCUUUGACGAGGCUGUCAAGGCCGUCGGCAUUUUUGUUUGCGACGAAACAUACAAAUCAACCUCGUGGGAAGACUAUCGCGGUCUAUACACUCCCCCAGCGUAUCAGACCAAAGCCGCAGAUGGAUUUGAAGUCAACAUGGCCGGCCAGAUCUUCGACAGGGUGGGGUACAAGUUCAAAUAUCCUCGUCUCUUGCGUUCUGCUUUCACACACCCAUCCUACCCCCUGGCGUGGGCCAAGGUUCCUUGCUAUCAGCGGCUCGAGUUUCUGGGUGACGCACUUCUGGAACUGGUAUGCAUUGAGAAGUUGUUCCAUCGUUUCUCGGACAAGGAUGAACAGUGGCUCACGGAGCACAAGAUAGCCAUGGUCUCAAACAAGUUCCUGGGCACGUUGGCAGUGAGGUUGGGAUUCCACAGGCAUCUUCAAUAUUUCAGCAACCCCAUCCAGUCUCAAAUCACCCAUUUUGCUGAAGAAGCUGAAACCGCGGAGAGUGCGAGCAAGGGCGCGGUGGAUUACUGGCUUGGAAUCAACGACCCUCCCAAGUGUCUCCCCGACAUGGUCGAGGCCUAUCUGGGGGCUAUCUUCGUCGAUUCCGGCUUCGACUACACCGUCAUCGAAACGUUCUUCCAGGCUCACAUCAUGCCCUAUUUUCGGGACAUGGCGAUCUACGACACAUAUGCCAAUAAUCAUCCAACGACGCAUCUCGUAUAUCAGCUGGACAAGAUCUACCGGUGCAUGGACUAUUCUAUCAAGGCUGGUGAGCUGCCCACUGUUUACAGGGAGCCCGCGAGAAUGCUGGGGGCGGUGAUCGUGCAUGGCGAAUCUUUGGGAACACAUGUGGCUUCGUCUGACGGGACGGCCAGGUCCCGUGCGUGUGCAAAGGCGCUGGAGGUGCUGAAGGGGACGGCACUGGAGGAAUUCCGCACUCGAUACCACUGUGACUGCCGGAGCGAGGAAAACGCAAGCGCAGUAGUUAGUUAG